CCUUCAUCUCUAGUCAUGUGGGAAGCUUCAACCAAUGAGGUGCCUGGGGCGUGGUCCGUCAGAGUCAGGCAACAUUCGGUUCAACGGGCGUCUGGUCGUCGCAAAUUGUUUUUUUCCCCGUCACUUCAUUUUGCAUGAAAAAUAUGAAGUCGCAAUUUGUCGAAGAUGCUAAUUUAAUGUAACUUCUUCUUUAAAAAUAGAACAAGAAGUCAGAUCUGCACAUGUGAAGUCACAAGGAUGCAGCCGAUGCAUUCAUGUUCCCUGAGUAACGAAGGCAUUUUUGACUUUGUACAGACGGGAAACCUUGAGCAGUGCAAAGACAUCAUUCAAAAUGACCGCUCAGUUCUCAUACACAAAGGCUGGGGUGGUUUCACUCCACUGCACUACGCUGCCCUUCAUGGUAACUGUUCCCUGGUUGACCUUUUCCUCCGCAACGGUGCAGACCCCAACCUGACCUGCAAUGCAGGACAGUCAGCUUUUCAUUUUGCGUGCAGGCAAGGAAACGUUGACAUCAUUCAUAAAAUGAUCAAGCAUGGAGCUGACCUGCGUGUCUUGGAUCAUCAAGGAAAAUCCUCUCUUCAUCAUGCCGUGACAGGCGGCAGCAUUGUUGCAGUGCACUAUUUGUGGGAGACAGAAAUGUUCCGUUUCACAGACACAGACAUGCACCGGGUGUCCCCACUUCACAUGGCGGCAUCUACGGGCAACACAGAUAUGGUCCAAUACCUCCUCAGAGACCAGCGUUGUGCAGUGGAAGUUGUUGACCAAAAGGGGGCGACGUCACUGCACGUCGCAGCCGAGCGAGGAUGUGUGGAGGUGUGCUGGACUCUGCUGCAAAAGGCUGGGUGCGGGAUCCUUCAUGAGAAAAACCUCAGCGGCCUCACACCACUGGACCUCAGCAAACAGGGGAAAACAUUUAGGCAUCAACAACUCACCAAACUACUGAGCCGGUACAUGAAUGUGCCAAUACACCACAAGCCCAAAGAAUCUAUUGUUUUGUACUACUGGACACUGUUUUUUCCAAGCCUGAGUGGCGCCACUAUUCUUGUGGUCGCAUCCAUGUUGGGAACUCAUGGUGGUCUCCUUUGUGGCUUACUUUUCCCUUGGCUGGCCAGAAGCAUCUUCACUCAAUACCACCGCAUGGCCACAUAUCAAAGGUUGCCCAACCCCAUUUAUCUGGGAAGCCUCAUAGCCGCCUUGCUCCAUUCCCUGUUUUGCUUUUAUGGGAAAAUAACACCCAGUGUGCACCUGAGCGGCGCCCUGGUCCAGGUGUCGACGGUCCACUUCUGCAUUGUCCUCAGUUUGUUCUGUAAGGUUCUGACUCAGGACCCCGGGACACUGGACAGAGCAGAUGCAGAUCCUCGCUUCUCCUGCAUCGCUGACCUAGCAGAGAAGAAUCAAAGCGCUAGUAGGUUCUGCCCCUACUGUGAGUUGUUCCAGCCCGACUACACGAAGCACUGCAAGCUCUGUGAUGUGUGCGUUCAAGACUACGACCACCAUUGCCUUUUCCUAAACCGGUGCAUCGGACAGGCGAACCACCGCCUCUUCCUCUUCUUCAUCCUCUCCUUGGUGAUAUGGCACUUGUUGUUUGUUGCCACGGCAACAAGUUACCUGUACAACAAGAUGUCUGCCAGGAACUUGUCAUCGUGGCUCACGUUCCUGGGGGGUGAGUUCUGGGUCACAGCGAUGGUGGUUAUGAACGCCCUAUCACUCUUGUGGGAGGUGUGGCUGCUGACAGAACAGUUUCACGCCAUCGCCAUAGCAACAACUACUUAUUUCAGACACUGUGGCGAUGUCAGGCGGCACAGGUCACUUGGACACCGCUGUGCGGCCGUGCUGAUGUUUUUGCUUGAGGGACGGAGACGGCUGGGCUGCAGAUCGACAAAAGAUGACAGAGUCAUGAUUGACAUUUAAAACUGCCACAGCUUGUAUGUUUUUACUGAUCGCCUGAAUCGAGUGAAUAUUCCAUUCGGCUCCAAUCAGUCUGUAGGCAAAUGUGAAUUGUGAUCAUUUUUAUGACAGUCGGAAUGGUGCAAUUUCUAUUUUUUUUUUCUUCCAUAUCUGACCUGCGUCAGUUUCAUAUGUGGGCCGAGAUUUUUUGCAGGGCAACCUCAGUCUGAAUGGACAGGUCACAUGUAUCUGACCUAUGCGUCAUCAAAAGCUAAACAGGUUGUACGUGUGGGCAGGGGGAUAUUGAUGAAUAUCUCAAUAAAUUAACAAUGCUGCUUAUUCGCCCUCACGAGAAAUGAGGCCACCGGUGGCCAUCUUACGUUGCCACUUGCUAAGCUCCAAAAAUUGAAUACAUUGAUUUCUCUGUGGCGUCUCUGCAGUGAAAACAUCAAAGGGUGCGGUCAGGGAGAAGCGCUACAUGCAUAUUUUAUCGAUAAUAAUGAAACUUUAAAUUUUUUCUUAGAUGGUGUAUCGCCAAGAUUCAUCUGUAUCACAAUGUCAGAACUAUCAACAAUGAAAUGAAAACAAUUCACCAUUCUUCAUACUGAGAUAGUAUACUCUACCUAGUCAAUGCAAACGGUUACGUUUGUUCUUUUAGAGGCUCUUACUCUAUGCAGGAAUCCAGGCGUAAAGGACGAAUUGAUAACAGCAUUUUCAGUGAAAUAAUACCGGGUUGUCAGUAAUGGUGUCAACGUAAGAUGGCUGCUCUCUGGCUUCAACCAUGAAGGGCCAAUUAUCUAUUAACUCCCUUUUGCUCGUUUUCAAUCAGCUUGAGCAAUUAUGUGUCUCAGGAGUUUUGAAAAUAUCCACAAAAAUCUGUGUUAAGCAUUCAGUAAUUUUCAAAUAUGAAAAUAUGAACAAUCCGUAACAGUUGGCAGCUCUUAUAUGUGUUUGUAAAUGCAGAUGAUAAAUGCAAAUCACAGCAGAUCUAUGAUUAGCUAUUUGUAAUGAUAUAAAAUAAUUGCACACAUUUUCAUUUCCACUCUGGCCUCCUUUCAGCUGUCUGUGCUUGAGCUUCUUUUUACAUACUUUAUCCUGUGUUUGGACUAGUGGUGGCGCAUAGAACUUAUUAUUAUCAAUAUUUUUUUUAUUUGACUUGCCCUUUGAGUAGAUUACAUUGCAGUUUAGGAGAAUUAUUUCAAACAGUGCAUGUUGGAAUCUAUGCAUGUGGUACCUUUGAGUCAAAUCAGGUAAUAAGAUCAAUUCUGCAACCAGGGUACCAAAUGAGAACCACUACGAUGAAUAAUGCAGAUAAAUUCAUUCGGCUUCCAUUAAUAUUUCGUAAUUUAUUGAUGAAUGGGUCUUGCUAUGAGGUUGUGUGUGAGGUAAAUAUGCUAUCCAACCUGUUUCAGCUCAAAUUAAAACACUUUGAAGAUUUUAGGAAACAAUCAUUCUGUAAAUGUAGUGGGAGACAAGAAAA